UCAACCACCCUCAUGAUUUCAUCGUCGAUGAGGCAUCGAUUGAGCUCGAAAGUCCCCGUAUGUCCUAGAAUUGCGUGUCGUGGAGCGUCACAUAUCUCCAGAAAUAGUACCUAUUGGCCCCGACCUCUCUCACCUGCGAAAGCCCACCCGGAUCUGCACGAAGAGCUCUCCAAAUAUUUGCUUCGAACAAGUUUCCCUCAGUCCUCGAAAACAAGGCAACAUUUCAAUUCUAAGCUCCAAUUUCCUACAAAACACGACAAUAUGGCAUUUUUACUCCCAGGUCUUCGCCGUACUCUUAUUCUGAGCACUCCCCUGAUCCUCUCCGCACCACUCCUAGCACGCGUUCACCGUCAACCCAUCCUUUGCGAAGGCCCCGAUCCCUUCACCAAAAUCACUUCCGAUCUCAAGAACGACUAUGCCCAAAAUGCGCAAACGCCCAUCAUCAAAACUUCCGGAGCUCCAAAUCCACGUGCCCUCCGUCAAGUUAGUUUGGGAAGCAUCCUUGGUGUUUUGGCAGGCUUGGGUGUCAGUGUUUUCAGUAAGCCCUUGGCCAUAUUGAUAGGACUAGGCAUUGUGUGCGUACAGUUCCUGGAGUCUCGAGGCGUCCACAUCGUACCUUAUUCGUAUUUGCAACGCCGAUUUAAGCAAACCAAUGUGCGGUCCUUGAUGCAGAAUAACGUAGCAUUCAAGCUAUCGUUUGGUGCUACGUUUGCACUUGCCGCAUUUGCCGAGUUCUAA